GUAUCCCUUGCGAGCCGCCUCCGGACAUUCCCAACGGGAAGCACACAGGCAGGCUGCUGGAUGACUUCCACUACGGCACCUCUGUCACAUACACCUGUGACCCCGGGUACCCGCUCCAGGGCGAGCCCUCCAUCCACUGCACCACCCGGGAUGGGAGGAAUGGGGUCUGGAGCGGGCCCCCGCCACACUGCGGAGAGGCAAGAUGUCCCGUCCCACGGGUCCCGAACGGGAGAAUAGUGUCUCCCAGGACUGCCUACACACACAAGGACACGGUCACCUUCGAGUGCGAGCCAGGCUAUGAGCUACAUGGCCCCAAAAUGGUACAGUGCCAACUGAACAACACCUGGGAGCCACCCGUGCCAGUUUGCGAGCAGGGCAAGUGUCCAAACACUGGCUGCAGUGCCCCGGCCAGGCUGGCAUUUGCUGAGCCGAAGGAGCCAUACGGUGACCAGACGGCCUUUCCCGUGGGCAGGACGGUGGAGUAUGUGUGCCGGCCCGGGUACGCCCCGCACCCGGGGGUGCCACGGACCAUUACGUGCCUCAGGAAUCGGACAUGGACUGCACUGCUGGAGUUCUGUAAAAGGAAACAGUGUGCUAACCCCAGGGAUCCAGAGAACGGCAGAGCUGUUGUCCUGACCAACCUUCUCUUUGGGUCCAAAGUGAACUACACUUGUGACAAAGGGUUCAUGUUGAUUGGAGGCUCUCAGAGAACGUGCGAGGUCUCUGGCACGCGUGUCUCAUGGAGUGGAGAUGCUCCUGUCUGCCAGCGUAUCACCUGUGAUCCACCACCAGACAUCCCCCACGGGAGACACAGUGGGCACUCACAGGCCGUCUUCUCCUACGCGGACAUGGUCACCUACAGCUGCGACCCCGGCCACCCACUGGCUGGAGACCCCUCCAUCUCCUGCACCACAGUGGACGGGGAGCACGGUGUGUGGAGCGGGCAGCCGCCACGCUGCGGAGAAGUGAGGUGUCCACCUCCUCCAGGCAUCGCCAAUGGGAAGCACAGCAGCCAGUCCUCGGACUCACACCCCGCCGGCUCAGCUGUGCUCUACACCUGCAGCGAUGGUUACCUCCUCAUCGGGAACGCCUCCAUUAGCUGCACUCCCGCGGGGACGUGGAGCCGACCUCGGCCUCGAUGUGAAGCAAUCGGCUGCAAAAGACCUGAGAUUGAGAAUGGGAAAAUGACUGGGCUGGAAACCGUACACAGACUCGCAGACACUGUCAUCUUCGAAUGCAAUUUCGGUUACGCCUUGAAGGGUUCUCAAGAGUCUCGGUGCCAGUUUGGGGGCACAUGGGACCCUCCUGUCCCCAUCUGUGAAAAGAAGAUCACCUGCACAAGCCCCACCAUCCAGAAUGGAGACAUGGCCGCAGGACAGAGCACUGUGUACCAUCCUGGGGCCAACGUCACCUUCCAGUGUCACCUUGGCUACGUGCUGUGGGGCAGCCAUGAAGCCAAGUGCCAGCCCGAUGGCCGCUGGGUCCCCGCUGUCCCCACCUGCGAGCCAGUGUCGCAGUGCCCUCAGCCUCCAGCCAUUGCCAAUGGGACACACAGCGGCCACACCACAGUCGUUUUCACCAGCGGCAUGUCUGUGAGCUACACCUGCGAUCCUGGCUAUGUUCUGGUUGGAGAGGCAGAGCUCAAUUGGCAGCUGUGUCCCUCCCCAUUGGUGAUUGACCACGGCCGGCAUGAUGGUGAGGAUGUGACAGAGUUCAUCCUGGGAAUGACAGUGAAUUACAGCUGUGACCCCGGCUACUCUCUUAUUGGAGAAACAGCUGUGCACUGCACGGACAAUGGCACCUGGAGCAUCCCUCACCCCCACUGUGAAGCAGUGGUGAAAUGUCUCCAUCCUCCAAAAAUCACCAACGGGAAGCUCAAAGGCAAUGUCUCUGACAUCUUUUCCUAUGGAGCAUCUGUAUCCUACAGCUGCAAUCCCGGUUAUUCACUCGUUGGGAAUGCUUUCAUCAACUGCACAGCAUCAGGAACCUGGAGCCAGCCUCCCCCGCGGUGCAAAGAGGUCAGAUGUGUAUUCCCUGAAGUUCAAGGUGUUAAGAAAGCCAUAAAAGGAAAUAGUUAUCGCUCUGGGACUAACAUCACCCUCGAAUGUGAUGAUGGGUACACGCUGGAAGGCAACAGUCAGAUCCAGUGCCAAGAGGACCUCAGCUGGGACCCUCCUGUACCAGCCUGUAAACUGACAUCACGCAAGUCAGGUUCGGUAGGUCUAGGAUUGGCAGCUGCAGGAGUCCUGCUUCUCUUGGGGUCAGGCAUUGUCUGGAUAAUUAUUUCUAAGCAGAAGGAAGGCUCUUAUAACACAUAUGAAAACUACAAUUACCAAACCCCUCUGAAUGAGACAACCGAACAGAAAUGUUCAUGUCUUCCACAGAAG